AUGAAUAGGCAAAGACAAAAAGACCAAGAAGACAUCUUAGAGUAUUUAGGAAGCGAAGAUUUAAGCAAGAAAAUAGAAGGCAUUGAAAUUUUAAAUAAUGUUAUAAAUAAAGGAAAUUUGGAAGAAAAUAUAGAGCUACUUCAAUCGCUAACUGCUAUUGAUGACCCAGAAUCCGCACCCUUAUCAAAGUUUAUUGAUUUUCAAAGCAUAAUUUGCUCAGUGAUAAAACAUUCUUCACCAGAAGCUAGAGAAAAUUUCAUAAGGAUGUGUGGGGACAUCUUGACAAAUCAUCAAAAUAAAUAUGAUCUUGAGAAGUGGCUCAUUCCCUACCUUAUUAUAGGACUUUUUGAUAAUAACGAAACUGUAAGAGAAACAACCUUUGAGAUCAUAGAAGAAAUCGGUGCUAUACAUGAAAGAGAAAAUAACGAAAUAAUUAGAGAUCCCAGAGGAAAAGGGCAUAAACAUAGUUUAUCAAUACCAAACCCUAUUAUAAAACGGCCUAGAGCAGGUGCUAGAUAUUUAUUUCGAAAGCAUUUUGACAAGCUUUAUGACAGAGCUGUGCAAGAAUUUUCUGCAUGAAAUUUAAGUUCAAAGAUUUUUUCAGCCAAUAUUCUGAUUACAUUAAUUGUGUAUACAGAAGACAGAAUGAGCCAAAAUAUUGAGUCUUUUUUGAAUUUAUCAAGACUCAUUAUUGAAAAUAAUGAAAAAGUUGAAAUUUUAGAAAAAAUUGAGCUUGGCUUAAAAUUGCUUGGAAGAUUUUUGCAAAUUGAUACAUAUUUGCCGAUUGUCCUUAACUCUUUCAAUUCAAUGUAAUAUUAACGUAGUCAGCAAGAAAACUGUGGGUGCCACAUAAAUUGCUUUUCUAGCUCAGCUAGGCCUCAAACAUGAAAUGGGGAAACAGCCCUUGGAAUUUUAGCUUUGCUUCUUGAAGGUCACUUAGAAACAGCAAUCCACCAAAAAAAGCUUGACCCUCAAUUAGAAACUAUCAUUACAACUCUAUACAAUUUUUCCCUUAGUUCAAUGAUAGGCCCGCAAGCUCUUAAUUGCUUAAAAACAAUAGAUACUUUGCUUGCAAAAGUUUAUGAAAAUAUCAAUGAUAUUAAAGAUUUUACUGUUAUAAUAGAAAACUCAACUGCUAUUUUAUGAAUAGUUAUUCAUUGCGAAAGCCUUUCACAAUCCCAUUCUAUUGUAGAAAUGGGCAAUAAUUGUUUUGAGACAAUGAAUAAAAUCUUAUUGAAAAAUGUUUUUUUGAAUUGUGACAAACUUAUUCCUUUUGCAGCAUGCAUAUGCGAAAUGCUUAAUGGACUGCUUGCGAGUUCUGAUAUAAAAAAUUGAAACACAGAGCAUAAAAAGGUAAAUUACUAAACAGUGAAUUCACUUUAAAAUAUUGGUGAAUAAACUUAAUGGUCUUUCUUUUAACGAAAACAAAGAAACAGCAGAGAUUAUCUUGAAUAUUGUGCAAAAAACAAUUAGCUAUAAAGGAAAGCAUGAAUUACAUAAAGAGUGCUUGGGUUUGAUUAGAAAUAAAGCUUAUGACUUUUCUUCAACUAUAGAUGCAAUCAUUGUUCAAUGCCUUUCCCCAAAAACAAAGUCUCAUGAAUUAAUUUCAUAUAUGAGACAAGAAGCCAUGCUAACUCUCAAUUCUUAUAAAACUCAUGGCUUUAAUUCAAGGCUGAUAUGAAAACUUAUAAAAUGCUUUGAUGAUAGCCAAAUGACUGUAAAAAUGCAAGCGCUUGACGAAAUAAGCAGAAUUUUUUCAAAUGCAUCUAGCUUUACAAGAGAAAGCAUUAUUUUUAUCACUUACAAAAAAACCCAACUUUUCCACUAUGCUGUAAAUAAAAUCCUUUCAAUUUAUGAAAAUCAGGCUGGAAAUAUUAAAGCUAAAGCUUUAAAUUGUUUAUUAAGUAUUGUUUCUGCUAUUGAAAAUCCAAAAGAAGAAAAUUUUGAAUUGCAGCACAAUAAAAAACUUAAAAGCUUAAAUUCUAGCUUUGGAAAAGAUUUAGAGUUUAUUGUAAAUAAGUUGUCAAGAAGUGUGGUUGAUCAGAGUGACUGCAGAGAGGCUGCCCAUAAAUGCAUUUUAGCUGUUAAGAUGAUAAGUAAAGCUUCUCUAGAAAAAAUAGCUAAAUCUCCUCUUCAUUAUUUUGGAAAUUAAUUUCUUUGGUUAGCAGGCAAAAAUAUUUUUAAUGUAAUGCUUUUGUAUAGGAUAUAUUUUAAUAUAUAUAAUAAUCAAACCUCAUGAAAGUUGCAUUAAAUUUUGACAACCAAUUUCUAAAGCAUAAAUUCUAUAAAUUAAAUUUCUUUUGAAAUAUUUUCACAUUUGCAUUUUUAAAACAAAUUUUUUAUAUUAUUUUUAAUAUAAAUUUUUUAAAUAAAAAGUAACGAGCAAAAGAUAUUAGAAGGAGUAAGGAGGCACUAGAAAGAAAUGAUAAUAAGACUUGGGAAUAUAUUUGUAAAUAAUUAAAUUAGCCCAUAUAGGCUCUUUUUAAUAACCCAAUAAUAGUUCUUGCUCUGGAAACAUAAUAUUUAUUUUGAUGCCAAAUUCAAAUUAGCAUAGCAUAUUGACGCUGUAAUGAACAUCCCAUAG